AUGGAUAAGCUGCCGGUAGAGAUCCUGACCAGCAUCCUCGAUCUCCUCGCCCCACGAGAGAAGGUCCAGUUGCAAUCUGUGUCCAAGAAGUUCUUCGACAUCGCCCGUGAUAACAAUCAGUGGAGACUGCAUUGCUAUGAGCAGUCAUGGGCGGCGAAACAGGCUUCCCGUCGCGCGGCUCGUGCGGAAACUCUGGUCUCGGACACGGCUUCCUUGACAACCUUGGGUCAAGACUCGCUGCGUGAUCUCAUUGAACCCUCGAUUCAGGAAGAUCGCGAAGAAACUGGGAUUUCAUGGGGUGAAAGGGCCAGGGCAGCGACAGAAUGGGACACAUCCACCGAGGGAGAGCAUGUUGAUUGGUACUCGGAAUACAUAGCUCGCCAAGGGCCUGUAUCCUUAUCAUGGAUUGAGCAACCUUCGGCCCCAGGGGACAAGGGAAAGCAAGAACGUGCCUACGAAGUAAAGGGCAUGGGUUUACUGAAGGACUGGAGUUCCGCAAGACAAAACAAGAUUGUGGCCCCGCUUGAAGAUGGCAGCGUCUGUAUCUGGGAUUUGAACCAUGCCCAUUGCGCCUCCUCACAAGCGAAAAAAGGCAGCAUCCUGGGGAGGAGCGAGCCAGGGAUCCUCACCACUAAUCUGUCCGGCCGCCGGGAGUCUGCUCCAUCGAAGACUGCACUAGAGUUCAUCAACCUCGGCGGAGGAGUCAGUGUAGAUUCUUUACGCCAAAGGGCAUAUCUGGCAAUUGGGAAUGUCCUCAACGAAGUUGAUUUGAACACACUGCGGGUGAUAUCCCAACAGCGAUAUCCGUGGUCAAUAUUCGCUCUCUCUCAGGAAACAGACUAUUCCGUGCCUUUAACACUAGCCACUACGUUGAGUCUGCAGAUUUAUGACUCUCGACUAUCUGCUGUUGAGGAAGAAGAGGCUAUCAGCUCGCGCUGCGAGCAGGUCAGCAUAUCUGCCCCGGAAUUGGGCAUAUUCGCCCACCCCGACUCGCCCCUGUUGCAACUGCAGCCCAAUGGACAACCGCCUACUCGUAUCCGCAGCCCAGAGCCCUCGGAAAAGGGUGCCAACUACGCUCCACUCUUUCAGCCUGGCCCUCUUUCUAUCUUACACCCACCAGCUCCCCACGUGAACACAAUACUUCUGGCGGGUCGUUUCCCCAGCAUUCUAUGCUAUGACCGCCGUUUCUUCCCUCGACUGCAAACGACCGUCCACUCCGGUGGCCGUAUAUGCGGCCUUGCGUCCGUGCCAGGACCUCGAUUCCCCGUCUUCUCGGACUCUGUAUACCCGGACUCACAUUCCGUUGUGGCAUGUGGCGACUACAACGGUCGAGGCUCGCUGGAACUUUACAACCUCAAAUCAGCAGAACACAACACCCCGCCUGACAGGACCUCGAAUCUAGACUCGGAAUAUAAAAAUCGCCAAAGUGCUGCUAGCUCGAGACUGCUUUCCGUGGGAUCUCACGGGACCCGUAUUGUCUUUUCGGAUGCGGAAGGAAAUAUCAAAUGGACGGAACGUGAUGGGCGCUCGGAAGUCCGGCGUUGGAAUAUCAACACCUCCCAACCCCAAAUUCAUUUCGGUGGCCGCCAAGAAAAGUCAGGCGAAGAGCCGCGAGGACUCUGGCCUUCCCAGUCUCCGGGGAGCCAUGAGGUUGCGAGAAAGAUCUUGCCUACAGGUGGGAAUCUUACUGGGGAUGAGCUACUCGUUUGGACUGGAGAACGCAUUGGGCGUCUCAAAUUUUCAAUUCCAGCAGAGUAUCAACAGGAAGAGGAUGAUGAUGAUACCUUUAUGCAUGCUGAGGUAGAUGAGGCCACACGCGAAGAAAUGCGACAUCGGCAGCGGGAAGAUUGGGAGAGGGAGCAGUAUGGUGAUUAUAUGCGUCGUGCUCUGGAGAGGCAAGCCGAUGAGGUGCGCUGGAUGGGUAACCGUGGACUGGGCUAG